GAGUUCUGACAACGGUAUCACAUCAGUUAAUCAGCGGAAUGCGGACGGUAAAGUUCCAAUCUUACAUUAGUUAAUCAAAAGAAGUCGGAGUUUCCCCUGAAAAUGAACUAUUACGUUCCGAUUCAGCAAAAUGAAACGUGUGAUACACCAACAAUGUCGCAGCCGCGUUAUACUCCGCGCAUUCUGGGGAGGAGAUUUGUUUUGACGGCUACAUUCUACAAAUAUUUGGAUAUAGGAAUCAGUGUGGGACUUGAGCCUUUUAUAGAGAUGAUUCUUGGUGACAACAAGGGCAAUGAGAUACCGCUGUCACGUGAUACCUGGGUAAUAAUGAUUGAGAAACGGACAGAUAUCGAGCAACUCCUGCAGUCGACAACCGCUACAUCGUUGUGGAUUAAUGAUCUUUUCAUCGAAGUCGUUAAAAUACGUAACGAGAGUAUCAUAAAAUUCACUUUAAAUAACAAAAUUAUGUACAUGAAAUCAUCGACUGUACAAUUUUUACUAAAUCUUGAAGAUGUUAUCAAUAAUGCAUAUUUUAAGUUAUGGGAUGAUAUGCAUAUAGUAAAAGAACGAUAUAAUCAAUUUGUAAACUGUUUGCGGCGAAAUAAUAUUCAUAACAAGUGCGAUGCAGUCAAAUUGUUAAAUGAAAUAUGUGUAAAAACUUCGCUCGUAGAUUGUGAACUGAUGAUUUAUGUAUCAGACAAUAUUGUAUACGACGCGUUACAAAAGGAAUAAAUGCAAAAAAUUAUAAAUAAUUAUUAUAACUUAUUUUCUCUCUUCCCUAUUCCUCUGCGGUAUAAUAGCGUGCGCAGAACCGAGUAGGAGGUACAUAGAUAAGAUGGGUGGGAACGCAUAUAUGUAACCGCAUAUGAAAGAACGCAACGAAUGAAAGAAAAAGAGCGAGAGAAUGAUAAAACUGUAUGGCUGGAAAUAUUGCGUACGGAUGAGAGAGAGAGAGAGAGAGACAGAUUCGGAAUAGAGGGAGAGAGCGAGCACCGCGGCGAUGGCUGCUA